GCGGGUCCCUGCUCGCUGACUGCCUGUGUGCGCCCAGCUACUCAAACUGCAACAAAGAAACCACCGCGGUAGUCAUUCCGCUACGUUCUUUAGACUUGUGUGUCAUUUUUUUUAAAUAGACAUGUUUUAACACUGUACCGAUGACAUUGUCGCCAUUGGAACCGAAACCACGUUUUUUUUUGCCAAGACGAACUGACUUUAAAGAGCGUGUAGGAGGGUUAUCGCUCAUCGCAAGUUGAGGUCCCCGACGGAGACCCUUAAGACCCCAGGGUGCACCCUUGACCCUCGACCCCGGGGCUGGACCCACGCUGAGGGGCGAAGAGAUGUUACCAUGUCCACACUGAGCCACCCCAGGACGUUCUGUUGCAGCUCCUUCCCACUGGAGUUAUUAUUGGCAUGAGACCAGACGGCCCGCUUCCUGCGUUGUCACCGCCACUUCCUCUCCCUCCGUCCUUCCGCCUGCGUCCCACCAGCUCCGCCCGGCCGCAUUGAUGAGGUAACGCCAGGGACGUCCCAGACAUCCACCCGCCCAGUCGUCCCCCCACCCCCCGCCCUCCUCUCUCCCCUCUGCCCCCCGCCCUCCACCGGGUCCUCCAGUCCGGGGCCAUGGGCCAGAAGAUCUCCGGGGGCAUCAAGUCGGUGGACGGCCGCGGGGAGAGCGGCGGCGGCGUGGGCGGAGGCGGCAGCGGCGGCUCCCCGUCCUACCGGCCCUCGGCCCACCGCCGCCGCCACCCCGAGCUCCGGGGCCCCGACUUCUCCAAGCCCACCCGGCUGGACCUCCUGCUGGACAUGCCGUGCGCCGGCCCCGACGCGCAGCUGCGCCACGCCUGGAACCCCGACGACCGCUCGCUCAACGUCUUCAUCAAGGACGAGGACAAGCUGACCUUCCACCGCCACCCCGUGGCCCAGAGCACCGACUGCAUCCGCGGCCGGGUGGGCUACACGCGGGGGCUCCACGUGUGGCGGAUCCACUGGCCGGCGCGGCAGCGGGGCACGCACGCCGUGGUGGGCGUGGCCACGGCGGAGGCGCCGCUGCACUCGGUGGGCUACACGGCGCUGGUGGGGUCGGACUGCGAGUCGUGGGGCUGGGACCUGGGCCGCAACCGGCUCUACCACGACAGCAAGAACCGGGCGCACGGCGCGGCGCCCGCCUACCCCUGCUUCCUGGAGCCCGAGGAGGCCUUCUCGCUGCCCGACGGCCUCCUGGUGGUGCUGGACAUGGACGAGGGCACGCUGAGCUUCAUGGUGGAGGGACACUACCUGGGCGUGGCCUUCCGGGGCCUGAAGGGCCGCAAGCUGUACCCCGUGGUGAGCGCCGUGUGGGGCCACUGCGAGAUCACCAUGAAGUACGUCAACGGCCUGGAUCCCGAGCCCCUCCCCCUGAUGGACCUGUGUCGGCGGGCCGCCCGGCUAGCUCUGGGGCGGGAGCGGCUCCAGGAGAUCGAGGGCCUCCCUCUGCCCCAGUCCCUCAAGAAUUACCUCCAGUACCAGUGACGAUGAGGGCCCCCCCCCCCCCCCCCCCCCCCCAGCACCCAGCCUGGCCCAGCGACCGGACAAGCACAAAGGGGGUCCCCCCUCCCCCAAGAUCGACCCCACCCACUGGGUACCGCACAGUGAGAUUAUAUGCAUGGACGCAAGGAGGAGCUCAUAUGCGGAGGGCCAAGACCUCCAGGAGAUGUAUAGAUCUGCCCUGGAUGGACGGACGGAUGGACGGACGGACGGACGGAAAGGACUGCUGGCUGAACUUCCUCAUUGAUCACGGUUUCCAAGGAGUGGUUAAAGUGUAGUUUUUAUGAUGAACUUGGGGAAAGAAAACUAUUUAGGACUUUAUUUAAAUUAUUAUUGAUGGUAACUCACCGAUGUCUCGGAAUGCCCUUCUUGUGGGGAAACAGACGAACACAAACGAUGUGGUUGAAUGGUAAAGAAAGAAAGAAAGAGUGAAGUAUGUGGUGGGAACCAUACCGCCAUCUACAGGAGAGAAGAAGAACUGCAUCCACGAAGCACACUAAUUGAACCCCUGGAGGCCUUUUGACUUAAAUCACUCUAUCAUUACCACUGGAUAUGAUUCUGAAAGGUCUUGUGUGAUGCAAGUGACAGCAGUGUAUGUCCAAGCCUGAUUGGCAGUAAUAGCACACAACCCAUCUGUUCAUGUUGGAAGGUUUGCCUUGACACUCGUCUUCUUUCACCCCAUUGAUUUGCUGCCCGAUCCAACAAGAAACAAUGUCAUACACAACUAUAGGCUUCAACAUUGAAUGAUCCGACCCCAUAAUGGCACCCAUGUUCCCCCGAACGAGUAAACACAUUCCUUUCCGGUCGUUUUUCCACACAUUUACUGAAACCAACGUAUACCUCUCUAAAGAGCGAAUGCGGCCCACCUUAAGGUGAAUGUAAAGUGUGUGUCUUCACGUUUCGGCUGAUACACGUCGACACCAAAAGAUGGUGUUUCUGUAUGAAGGUGCAGGGACACGUUUGCAGUACGAGGCUAACCGGUUAGCCGACAGUUUGGUAUUAGUUUGACUUGAAACCAACGUAUACCUCUCUAAAGAGCGAAUGCGGCCCACCUUAAGGUGAAUGUAAAGUGUGUGUCUUCACGUUUCGGCUGAUACACGUCGACACCAAAAGAAGGUGUUUCUGUUUGAAGGUGCAGGGACACGUUUGCAGUACGAGGCUAACCGGUUAGCCGACAGUUUGGUAUUAGUUUGACUUUAAAUGCCUUGCUAGCCAAGAUUUUGUUCUACUGUAGCAAUCCCCCCAGGGCACGGCCGUCUGCACUGACUGCGUUACAAGACAGCAGAACAGACCGUGUGGCAGAUGUGCUGGCUUUAUAGCCCGGUGUUGCGCGCACACACCCUCCUGUCAUCACGCGCUCAUGACCGCGGCCUGGCAGCAGAUCAAAACCAAUCCAUUCAGCUGUUUGUUCGACUAAAUUUGCGGUUGGACAAACAAGCAAAUUCAUGUUUACAAAUAAAUCCAUAGGAACCAAAUUGUACCAAUGCCCCGCUUUUAGCAGCGAGGAGACGCCUCUGACUGCAGCGCUGACGAUUCUUCCACAGGACAUUUCCGCCCCUUUACCAAGAAGGCACGCGGUAAUCCCGGGGUUGUUCCCCUGCCCAGUGGGGCGGCUGCAGUGUACCUACUGGCCUCGCGCCCGUCCUCCUGUAGGCCUCGCCUCCCCCCCUCCCACCAUGCCUUAGAGGGCUGGAGCGCUGGUUCACAGUGCGUGUUGCUGGACCACCACCGAUAGCCCUACUCUAGUUACAUGUUUCUAUAUGCAAAUCCCAAUUGAACAUUUCUGGGGGGGAAACGGAAAAGGCAAUUAUUACUUUCUUCUUCCUAGGGAUUCUGAAGGUGUGUUUGCGUGUAGACCUUGGAGAAUACCGUGGAAGGGUGUUCACACCUUCUGAGGGCCGGGUGUAGCAGGAAGUCACCUAACGCCACGCCGGUGGCACGUUAGGGACAAUGAAUGCACACAUACACUCACACACAUACACAUACUUGCACACGCACACAGCAUAAAACACACACUGUAGACCAAUUCUCUUUUCUUCCUGUUAAAGGCUCAUGUCACUUUUUUUUUCCUUUGUCUUUUUACAUCUGAGGUUGAAUCUUAUAUUAUUGUUAUUACGGCGUUUGUUAUUCUAUUAACUAUUUUAUUGUGCGUGUGGCAUCCGAUUGACUCCGAUGCAGAUAGAGCGAUAUGAAGUUGUUGUGAGGUUUAUUUAACUAGCUCCAGUACCGUUGUUUUUUAUCUUUUAAACAUGGUCCAAGUCGUCCGAUGUUAACCCUUGAGAGGAGGAGGAGGAUGAUGAUGAUGAUGAUGAUGAUGAUGAUGAUGAUGAUUAUGAUGAGGAACGAUGGGGUGGAUGGCGACGAUGGUGAGAUGAGAAUGAGUAAAUUGUUACACCCAAUGCUGCUUCUAUCAUUAUUAAUCUUAUGAUAAGUCAUUGAUUUGUCUCCACCAGAGGAAGAGGGCGUUGAACUGACAGUGUUGUCUCCCAUCAGCAGACAUGAAAUGUGAAUAAAAGCCAAGUGACCCCAAGUGA